UAGUUAAACCCCGGCUUCCUGUGUUCCUGCUCUCCGUUGUCACCACAUGGGCCACCGGAUGAAAACUCAACACACCAACGUGGUUCUCCCAGGUUGUUGUGGUUUUACUCCAAAGUGCUCUACAUUUACCACUUUUUGAAAAAUAAUCAAACAUCAGGAAACAUGACAGAGGGUGGAAAAGCCGCGACGGCCAAAGCUCCCAAGGAGCUUCUGGCCCUGAACCCCGAAGAGGAGUCUGCGUUUAGGAAGAAGGUCCGGGCGGUGAAGAAGAGACCAAAACAGUUCAGCGGUCUGAGUCCAGGUGUGGUUUAUGUCGCACAUCUGCCCAGAUCUCUUGGAGAGAAGGAACUAAAGAUAUACUUCCAGCAGUUUGGGAAGAUCUUGAGAUUGCGCCUGUCAAGAAGUAAAAAGACGGGUGGCAGCAAAGGAUACGCCUUCAUUGAGUAUGAAUGCGAUGAGGUGGCCAAGAUCGUUGCUGAGACCAUGAAUAAUUACCUCAUGCGAGAGCGGCUGAUUAAAUGUCAACUGAUUGCACCAGAGAAGGUUCACAUGAGUCUGUUUUCGGGCUCAGAGAGGAAGUUCAAAGACCCCAUCUUUCCUGCCGUGAAGCGGUACAACAUGGUCCACACAGAGGACGGCAUAGCCAAGAUGACCGGAAAACUUCUGCGCAAGGAGUCCAAGCUCCGCAAGAGGCUGUCGGCUAAAGGCAUCGACUAUGAAUUCCCCGGUUUUUUUUCUCAGGUUCCAAAGAAGGAGAGAUCCGAGAAUGCUGACGUCUCAACUUGCAGCGACAUCACCCCGCUCUGCACACCCUCAGUCCUGGAGCGCAGGAAGUCUCAGAUCCAACCAAACAACGACACAGAUGAGGAAGAUGAAGAGGUCACCGUGAAGCUGCCCCUGGGCGAUGAAUAUGAGGAAGACAUCAGUGAGGAGGAAAUGGAUAAAAUCCUUGAGACAAAGAAGCCAUCAGAAGGAGACGAAGCUGAUUAUGUUCCCCCCCCCCCCCCCCCCCCCACCACCAUUAGAGCAUGGACUCCCACAUGGUCUCCAUGUGUCAACUAGGCUUUGAAGGGUGGGCCCCCAAUACAACUUAUAAAUGGACUGUUGAUAUAUUAUGUCUGUCUUCUACCUGUGUAAAUAAUUUCACAAACCAAUGAUGAACCUCCCAUAAUAGGUAAUUAGGUUUUAAGGAAAAUAUUUGACUUCUUGGGCCUGAGUUAAACCUUUUGGGAUAAACAGUUGAAGUAUAAAGGCUUUAGUGUCUCAUUUAAAGUAUGUUGCAGUUUUUCCUCUUUAACAUUACCUACACCUUUCAUCAUACUUGGUUACAGCUUCUUGUUCAGUCAUAAAAACCUUGUGCUAUAACAAUAAAAUAAAAUGUGUUUCACCUUU